AUGGAAUCUGAGUACCGGAGACUGACAGAGGCUAUCCACAACCACGCUGGCGCUCAUCCCAAAUCGCGCUUCCUAGUUGCCAUCGCAGGCAUCCCGGGUUCAGGGAAGACCACCACAGCCGAGGCGGUAGUGCAACAAUUGAAUCACAGCUCGACCUCUCGCGCUGCCCUGCUCUCGAUGGAUGGGUUUCAUCUUUCUCGGGCAGCUUUGGAUCAGCUACCCAACCCCAAAGAUGCACACAUCCGCCGUGGAGCUCCAUGGACGUUCGACGUGAGCCGCUUUGUGGCUUUUAUAUCUCGGCUCCGCGCCUGGGCCGAUGAGACGCCGCUAGCAGCUCCUUCUUCUGGAACCUGGUCGCUAGCGGAUGUCAUUAGCGCGCCGACCUUUGAUCACGAAUCGAAAGAUCCCGUCGAGAACGGGAUUUCCAUCACGCCGGAUGUAGAGAUCAUAAUCAUUGAGGGCAACUACCUGCUUCUUGAUGAUCCCGGAUGGCGUGAAAUUGUUGGGCUUGUCGACUAUCGUGUCUUUGUAGACUCCGAUCCGCUGGAUGCUAGGAGCCGACUGGCUGAGCGCCACCUACGGGCAGGUAUUGAGAAGACGUUAGCAGAUGGAUAUCAUCGGGUGGACAGUAAUGACUUCUUGAAUGCGAUCUCCAUUCGAGAUAAACUGCUGACCCCGGACAUGGUUGUGAAAAGCGUGACAGUAGAUGAUAUGUGA